AUGGAGACCAACCAGGAAUCCUCGCUUUUCCUAGUGAAGAUUUUGGAAGAACUGGAUACUAAGCAGAAUACUGUUUCUUAUCAGGAUCUCUGCAAAUCACUGUGUGCGAGGUUUGAUCUGUCCCAGUUGGCCAAGCUCAGAAGCGUGCUGUUUUACACUGCUUGCCUGGAUCCCAAUUUCCCAGCGACUUUGUUCAAAGACAAAAUGAGAUGCACUGUAAACAAUCAGCAAUCAAAGAAAAUCAUGGUUGCAGCAGAUAUAGUAACAAUAUUCAACCUUAUACAAAUGAAUGGGGGAGUGGCCAAGGAAAAACUUCCAGUUGCAAGGCAGAAAGUAAAGAAGAAAGAAUCGUUUGAAUCCUGCAGAUCUGAUACGGAGAUCUGCAAUAUGGCAGACUGCGUGCCGAACUGUGAGCUGAACGACCAGGAAUUUAACAGGGGCUUUUCAGCCAGAAGGUCUUCAAAAUGCAGAAAGAUGGAUUGCAAAGACUGCCAACAAUUUGUACCCUCAUCAGAACCAAACUUCUUACUUGGCGUUAAUAAGGAGAUGAAGGGCCGGGCUGCCUCCCUGGACAGGCUGCAGGCUCUGGCGUCCUACUCCAUUGCCACGUCUCCGCCAUGCGAGAUGCAGAGCACGUAUUUCCCAAUGAACAUUGAAAACGAAUCGAUUUCGGACCAGGACUCCUUGCCUAUAAAUGCAGGUAUAAAAGAGACCUUCAUUUCAAAUGAUGAGCCAUUUGUGAUGCAGUCGUGUGUCCAGAAAAGAAAUAUAUUCAAAGAAGAUUUUCAUAAUCUGAUUACCAUAUCUCCCAACUUAAUACCAUCCAAUAAAAAGCCAGAAGAUGGACACAGAGAGCCUCAGAACAGGAAAGAAAGCUCUAAGCAGGCUUUCUUCAACCACAGCUUUGAAAUGCCAUAUAGCAGCCAGUACUUGAAUCCAGUUUAUUCUCCAAUACCGGACAAAAGACGAGUAAAACACGAAAGUUUAGAUGAUCUUCAAGCUUCAACUUAUUUUGGCCCAACCACUGUUCUUGGGCCCCAGGACACCAAAAAGUGGACUGGAAAGCCAAGCAAACAAACUGCCUGGCCAGCUAAAAGCUGGAGUUUAAAUACUGAGGAGGUACCAGACUUUGAACGAUCAUUUUUUAAUAGGAAGCAGUCCGAAGAGAAGCCGCGAUAUCAGAGUUCAAACAGCCCAUCUCCAAACUUUCCUCCAGCUGACAGGCAUCAGUCCUAUCUAAAUGCCAAGGACCAGCAACCAAUUAUACAGGCAAAUUACGCUGUCAAACAAAAUGGGCAUAAACCCAAGGAGAUUCCUUCCAUCCUAGAUGUGGAGAAACACGAGCCAGUCAAAAAGUUUAAGGAUAAAAGCAUUAAUUGUACUCCUGUUCAGAUCUUAAGCAUUGACAGAACCACUAGUGUUGGGACACAAACGGAGCAGCAAGUUCUGGACCACAAAAAAUGCAAGGAUUUGUGUGCACCGAGCCAAGCCAAGUACGGUGAGCGGCACUCGCUAAAGCAGUCGGAUGAUGACUCUGAAAUUGUGAGUGAUGAUAUCAGUGACAUUUUCCGGUUUUUGGAUGACAUGAGUAUCUGCGGAUCCACGGGAGUGAUGCAGUCCUCAUGCUACAACAGCACUGGCUCCUUGUCUCAGGUACAUAAAUCUGACUGUGAGAGCUCACCUGAACAUAAUUUGACUAAAAUCUCCAACGGGAAUGUCAGUAACAAAUUAGAUAAAGUGGUCCGGGCAGAUAUCAGUAAUACAGAUGAUGAACUGAAAACGAGUGUCUGCAAAUUAGUUUUGAGGAUUGGUGAAAUAGAAAAGAAACUGGAAUCUCUCUCGGGUGUCCGAGAAGAAAUCUCCCAAGUCCUGGGAAAAUUAAGCAAGUUGGAUCAAAAAAUUCAGCAGCCAGAGAAGGUCAGCGUACAAAUAGAUCUUAAUUCUUUAACAAGUGAGGCUGCGUCAGACGAAAGUAACUCCCCACAGAUAUUUCAGUGUCACAACACUCCUCAUGCAGGCAAACUGGAGAACAACCCAGAAUGGUGCUGUUCAGAUGCCAGUGGAAGUAAUAGUGAGAGUCUUCGAGUAAAAGCCUUAAAAAAAAGUUUAUUUACUAGGAGGUCAUCAAGAUCAUUAACAGAAGAAAAUAGCGCAACAGAAUCCAAAAUAGCAAGUAUUUCAAAUUCUCCCCGAGACUGGAGAGCUAUUACUUAUACCAACCAAGUUGGCAUUACAGAAGAAGAGAUGAAAGAAAGAGAUGGAGGAGAAAAUAAGGACUGGCACAGGAAAUCUAAAGAGGCAGACAGGCAAUAUGAAAUCCCACAGCCACAUAGACUCUCUAAACAGCCAAAAGAUGCUUUCUUGAUUGAACAAGUCUUUAGUCCUCAUCCAUACCCUGCAUCACUCAAGUCACACAUGAAAAGCAACCCGCUCUACACAGACAUGAGGUUGACAGAGCUGGCUGAAGUGAAACGCGCCCAGCCAUCGUGGACCAUAGAGGAAUACACAAGGAACUCGGGGGAUAAAGGCAAAAUUGCAGCAUUGGAUCUACAAACUCAAGAAUCUUUAAACCCAAACAACUUAGAAUACUGGAUGGAAGAUAUUUAUACUCCUGGCUAUGAUUCCUUGUUAAAACGGAAAGAAGCCGAGUUCAGAAGAGCAAAGGUCUGCAAGAUAGCUGCCCUGAUAGCAGCGGCAGCUUGUACGGUUAUUCUGGUCAUUGUAGUUCCCAUUUGUACUAUGAAAUCCUGA